AUGAAUCAAAGUGUAGAUGGAAGUCAAGUCACGACUGGAAAUUCUCUCAAAUCAGGAUCCUCGAAUCCUCAAAAUCAUGACCCCCAAAACUCCAGUACUAUCCUUAAUGAAGAAUCCCCAUCAUCAUCGUCGUCAAAUUCUGUUGCUUCCAGAAGUAGAACGUUCUUCUCGAGGAGACCACGACCUCCAGAGGUUCUAACGACCAGAAUGAUACAAUUGGAUGAAUCCGAUCCUGAAUACAUUUCCAUCAAGGAAGGUUUCAAAUUUAAUGCAAACAGCAUGAAAGCGAACAUUCUAGCAAUAAUGAAAUUACAAAUGCCAACAAAGUUGGAAAGGGCUCACGAGAAACACAAGAGAAAGAUGGCCAAAAGGUUUGGAAAAAGGGAGGAAGAGGUUACGCGCAGGAUGCAUCAUGGAACAAAGAGUUUUACUGGAUGUGACCUUAUAAGGAAUUUCGAAACAGAUGAAAAUAACGACAAUGGUAUCAACGGUAGCACUGACAGUGCGGAGGGGAGCACUAGUGGAAGUACCGGGGGAAACUCCUUGAAGACGAAACCGAAUUACGAUCCCACCUUUUGCAAAGAGAAUUGUGGCGUGUGUGGAAUUGCACAAUGCGGUAACAAGAGAAAGUACGCCAGAACAAAAUCUUUGUUCCGAAAGAAUAGAAUGUGGUUUGCUAAAGACCCGAGUGUAUCAUUAGGUUUUUGUAAUUAUGGUUACAAGGGUAUAAUCAAAGGCAUGUUUAUCGUGGACGUUGUAAACAAACUUGAUGAUCACAUCAUCAUCACGACUAAAGAAAAGGCCACACUACCGAGAUAUUUGGUCAUAUUCGAAGUUCCGCUGGCCUUACAUUAG